UGGUGACGUGGACGCCAUCGUUGAAUCACAAAACUGUUAGCAGAGAUUCGAAGGUAAGUCAUGGAUGUCUCGGGAAGCUUGACUUGCGUCGUCGUAUCUGUAGAUGGAAGCGAGGUGAGCAUGGAAGCUCUGAGAUGGGCUCUAGACAACCUCAAGCUCUCAUCGUCUUCCCCCGAUUCAUCAUUCGUCGUCCUCCACGUCCAGCCUCCGCCUUCUAUCGCCGCAGGCGUUAACCCCGGCGCCAUACCUUUCGGUGGUCCCAGUGACGUGGAGGUUCCUGCUUUCGCCGCUGCGAUCGAACAACACCAGAAACGGAUCACUGAUGCGAUACUUGAACACGCUCGUCAAAUCUAUGCUGAUAGAUCGGUGAAUGUGAAAACGCAAGUGGUAGUUGGAGAUCCGAAGGAUAAGAUCUGCGAGGCUGUGGAGAAUUUGAAAGCUGAUUUGCUUGUCAUGGGAUCUCGGGCUCAUGGUCCUAUUAAGAGGAUGUUUCUGGGAAGUGUAAGCAACUACUGCACCAACCACGCUCCAUGUCCUGUUAUGAUAAUUAAACCCAAGGAGGAUUCUUCUGAAUAAUCAGGGAUAUGUGCACAUAUAGGAUAUCAAAACCAUUUCUGGAAGUUUGUGAAGCUAUGGAAGCAGAGCAAAAAAGCCACCUGUUUUUAGAUGUUAAUGCAUUGGUGUGAAUGUAAAAAAUCAAUAAGAGCUACAGAAACUUUGGUUGGCUCAGAAGUCAGAAGCUGUGUUGUACUCAUAUUCAUGUCAUUAAGUUAAAAUCUAUGAUGUUUCUUAAAUGGACAUUGGUUGGCUCAGAAUCUGUGUUGUACUCAUAUUCAUGUCAUUAUGUUAAAAUGUAUGAUGUUUCUUAAAUGGACAUUGGUUGGCUCAGAAUCUGUGUUGUACUCAUAUUCAUGU